AUGGAAUUAGCUAUUAUUUGUAGUCUAAUUGGGAAGAUCGCGUUGUGGCUGUUUCAGCCAAUACAACGAGAACUGGGCUAUCUUAUUUUCUUUAAAAAUAACAUUAAAGAGCUCGAAACUCGACUGAAUCAACUACAAACAUUGAGAAACACUAUACAAGGAAGGGAGGAUGCAGCAAAGAGGAAGUGGCAAACCUUAGGAGAAACCACAGAAGAGUGGAUUGAGACUGCAAAUGGAAAAAUCAAGGAAGCUGAGAAUAUCAUCAGAGACAAGGCUGAGUUUCAAAAAGGAUGUUUCUCCAUCAAAUGCUGCCCUGAUAUUAGAUUCCGCUACUAUUUGGGUAAGGAGGGGAAGAAAUCAACUCUGGCUCUCAUUGAGCUCAUUGAAUCUGCUGAUAAGUUGCCAACAACAAAUCACGAUUUACCACCAUUUCCCGUAAACAUGCUUAAUUUCAUUGGAGAUGUUUUUGAAUUCAAGACUCGAACGAAGGCUACAACAGACUUAAUUGAGUUGUUGAUGGAUAAAGAGUCAAUGCUGAUAGGAAUAUGUGGGAUGGGGGGCAUUGGCAAGACCACAUUCGUUCAUCAAGUUAUUCAUAAGGUAAAAAAUGAUCAGCAUUUAUUUGAUAUAGAAGCUAUUUCGAAAGUCUCGAGAAACCCUAAAUUGGAGACUAUCCAAAAUGAGAUUGCCGAGGCAUUAGGGUUUUCCCUUAAGGAUGUAGAGAAUGAAAUGGUAAGAGCAGUGCGUUUAAGAAACGCACUUGUUAACAAGAAUGUUGUUGUCCUGUUGGAUGAUGUUUGGAAAGAGUUUGAUUUAAAUGCAAAAGGAUUUCCGUUGGGACUGAGUGUUGAUGAUCAUGAAGAAGGGUAUUAUUGCAAAAUUGUUUACACAUCUAGAAUUCAAGGUUUAUGGGCAAGUAUACGAACCAAAAGGGAAAUCUCUCUUGAACUAUUGUCAGAUGAAGAAGCACACCAUUUGUUUAGGAGAAAAGCCUAUGCACUUGAUGAUAUUGAUUCUCAUUCUUUAAGAGAAAUGGCAAAUCAAAUUGUGAAGGAAUGUGGACGAUUGCCCCUCGCGCUUGAGGUUGUAGGAAGCGCCCUCUUCCAAAAGAGCAAACAUGAGUGGGAGGAUAUGCUUUUUCGUUUGAGGAAUCAUUCUCAAGAGAACAAUUCCCUCACAGUGCCUGGAUCAGUAUACAGUGUAUUGGAGACGAGUUAUGACUUCUUAGAAGAAGACAAUGCCAGGUCUUUGUUCUUGCUCUGCUGCUUAUUCCAAGAAGACGAAGAGAUUCCAAUUGAGACAUUGUAUCGUUAUGCUGUGGGAUUACAUCUAUUCAAAGGUAUGAAUAACCUAAGACAAAUAAGGUUACGUGUCUACACUAUAGUGUUUAACUUGAUAAGGAAAAAUUUGCUAGUAAAGGUUAGAAAAAGAAUAUCCAAAUUUAAUGGUGGGGAGCUUGUAGUCAUGCAUGAUGUUGUGAGAGAUGUGGGAAUUUCAAUUGCUUCGCGAAAAGAGCAUGGUUUUCUUCUAGUGUGUGAUGGUGAUAGAUUGGUGAACGAACUAAAGAAUGACGGACACACUAAGGUUUCUAUAGUAUUCGAGGACUGUCUAAAAUUCCCCGAAAGGAUGGACUUCAGAUGCUCAACACUCGAGCUAUUACGGUUAAAUCAUUCCUUUUACCUCUCAAAUGUAGAAAUACCGGAGAGUUUUUUUAAAGGGAUAGAAAAACUCAAAGUUCUAGAUAUAGUGAGAGACAUGCCACAAAUUGCAUAUUCUUUACAAUAUCUAGGGACAUUCAAGUUCAGUUCAACAAUAAAUGUAUCUUCCAUUGGACAUCUUAGGUGCUUGGAGGUCCUUAGUCUUCGAGAGUCUGCCAUCGAAACUUUACCAAAAGAAAUAAGCGAGUUAACAAAUUUAAAAUUACUGGAUUUGACCUCGUGUUGUCAUUUAAGAAGUAUAAGCCAUGGUAUUCUAUCAAGGCUUACUAAUUUGCAAGAAUUGUACAUGUGGCAUAGUUUCAAUGAUUGGAGACUAACUGGAGGAAAUGCCAGGAUUAUUGAAUUAGAUUCUUUACAUAAAUUGUGGAGAUUGGAAUUGGAGGUACCCAACAUUGAACAAAUUCCAAGAGGUGUUAAGCUAUUUUCUUCUUCAACGUUAUUAAGACAAUAUAAGAUAAGUAUCGGGGUUCAUAUACCAAUUGAAUUUAAAAAUGGUGAGGAAAGACAACUCUGGGUGGAAAAUGUUGACAACAUUAGUCUUUUAUUCCAUGAACUCGGGGUCUUAACUGAAAAUAGCAUUACCAAUCUAUUUCUAUCUGGAAGCAUCAUGGUCAACCUUUGGGAGAAAUUGAAUGUAAACCAAUUCCUUUCUUUGAAUGAUUUAGUGCUUGAACAUUGUGGAGCUAUAGAGAGUUUGUUUUACAGAGGAAUGAUGAAGUCGGAUAUGACCCUUUUCCCACAACUAAUGUCACUCGAGAUUUUUGAUUUACCAGUAAGGCAUCUCAAACACCUCGAAGAGCUUAUACUCGAAAGAUGCAAAAUAAUGAAAGAAACCAUUAUUUGCAAUGAGAUGGAACACAAUAAAAUUGAGUUCAGUGCUUUGAUAUACCUAAAGCUUUGGGAUUUGGAGAGUCUGAAAAGUUUUUGCAAUGGAGUUGACGAGAUCCAUUUCCAUAAACUAAAAAGAUUGGAGCUACGAGGAUUGCAUCGAUUUGUUUUUCCAACCAAGGUGAAAAUUCCUUGUUUGGAGAUGCUGAGUAUUAAAUAUAUUCCAAACCUUGAAACUUUAUGCAACUUCGAGGCUCCAAACCUAAAAGAUUUGGAAAUAUAUAAUUGUGACAAACUGAGAUAUGUAUUUUCGAUGAACUUCAUGAAGAGUAUUUCCCAUCUCCAGUAUUUAACCAUUGUGCAAUGUAAAAUGUUGAAAGGAGUAUUGUCAACUGAUGCAAAAUUGGAUGCUGCGAGUAAUCAUUCAGAUGGAAGUUCAACAGAUAAACCAAUUGAAUUCCUUAAGUUAAUGAGAUUGCACCUUGAAUCUUUAGACGAACUUGUGAGUUUUUUUGUUGGCAACAUGGAGAAGCCGCAAAGGACACUUUUUCAUGAUCAGGUUUCAUUUCCUUGCUUAGAAGAUUUGAGAAUAACCAACUUGCCAAAGAUAAAUUAUAUAAUGGGAUAUGAAGGUCGUCAAAAUACAGACAAUUACAGGGAAAUUCGUCGUAUAUUUCCCAAGGAUGAGAUAUUUGGCCCUUAUGGUGAGUACAAGAUGAGUGGCUUUCGAAGGGAUAUGUGA